GUUAUCUGCACGAACAAAACUACUGGCUCUCAGAUCAGAACGAUCAAACGAGAUCAUAAGAAGAUAGAGAGGGAGAGAGGGAGAGAGGAGAAGCAGAAAAAUGGCGGCUCUAUCUUCUUCCUCUCUGAUAUUCACAUCGAAAUCAACACAAUCUCUGACCAAUCUCUUCCCAACAUCUCUCCCUCGCAUUUCUUUCUCUGCUUCCUCUUCGUCUUCCCUGUCUUCCUCGGCCUCUUUCUUCACAUACCCACAGAGAAGUCGGAGAAUGUUGGAUCCGAGGGGGUUCACGGUGAAGGCAAGUGCUGCCGCCGAGGAGAAGAAGAAUGUGCUGAUUGUGAACACCAACAGCGGCGGCCACGCCGUCAUCGGCUUUUACUUCGCCAAAGAGCUUCUCGCCGCCGGCCACUCCGUCACCAUCCUCACCGUCGGAGACGAAGCUUCCGACAAGAUGAAGAAGCCUCCCUUCAGCCGCUUCUCCGAAAUUGUGGGCGGCGGAGGGAAGACGGUGUGGGGAGACCCGAAAGUGGUCGGAGGGGAGGCAUUUGAUGUUGUGUUGGACAACAACGGCAAAGAUUUGGACACAGUCAGACCGGUGGUUGAUUGGGCCAAGAAUACCGGAGUGAAGCAAUUCUUGUUCAUAAGCAGCGCCGGAAUCUACAAACCCACUGACGAACCUCCUCACGUCGAAGGAGACACAGUAAAAGCCGACGCAGGUCAUGUCGGAGUAGAGAAGUACAUAGCCGAAACCUGUGGAAACUGGGCAGUCUUCAGACCACAGUACAUGAUCGGCUCCGGUAACAACAAAGAUUGCGAAGAAUGGUUCUUCGACCGGAUUGUGAGGGACAGACCAGUACCUAUUCCGGGGUCGGGACUGCAGCUUACAAACAUAGCCCAUGUGAGAGACUUAUCAUCGAUGCUGACCUUAGCCGUCCAGAACCCGGAGGCCGCUUGUUGCAACAUAUUCAACUGCGUUAGCGAUAGAGCCGUCACUCUUGAUGGCAUGGCCAAGCUGUGUGCCGCUGCUGCCGGCAAAUCGGUGGAGAUUGUUCACUACGAUCCCAAACAUUUCUACGCCGAGCCAAGAGCAGCAAAGGAGAUUUUGGGGUGGAAAAGCACGACAAAUCUGCCUGACGAUUUGAAGGAACGGUUCGAAGAAUUUUUUUUUGAAUGGGUGUAUAAAUAUGGAAAAAUGCAGCAUUUCUACGCCGAGCCAAGAGCAGCAAAGGAGAUUUUGGGGUGGAAAAGCACGACAAAUCUGCCUGACGAUUUGAAGGAACGGUUCGAAGAGUAUGUGAAGAUCGGGAGAGACAAGAAAGACAUCAAAUUCGAAUUAGACGACAAGAUCCUCAAAACUCCUGUUGCCGUUUGAUCCCAUCACGAAUCACCCCCCCAUUUUCAUCAAACCAGAUCCUCUUCGCCUCAUUCACUUGUGUACUUUCUUCUCAUAUCAUGAAAUAAACAUCACACCUGUCUUCCUAUGCCAUUCGGAUCGAGCCCUGAAGUAGUGACCCAAAUAACAAUGCUUUUA